GAGUCGAGCUGUGAAGUUGUGUGAGCGCGUAGUCGUGUCGACGACACUUGUGUGCUUGUGACCUGUGACCUGUGACCGUGGAGAUCUACGUGUGUGACCCCAGUCAGUGAGUGCCGGGUAUGUACCACGUGACCUGACACUACCACUGUGUCCGAGAAGGGUCGUUAGACGGUGUUGGCCUACCUUCGUACCGCACGAUUACCUACCAACAGAUCGAUGGCUUGUAGCCACACUACACCAGCACUUGUGUUGUGCCCUUUGGAUUAACCCUUGGAUAUCCCGCCAGGAGGUGAAUCAUUGAUAUCGCAAUCCACUUUUAGGUUACUACAAUUUGCCGACUUUCUGCCCAACUAGGAGGUUAAGAGCCAUUGAACCAUCGAACAUCAGAAUACACAGUGUUGGUUUUCCAACGUUCUGAAGGGAAGCGGAUGGACGGCGAAGUGCGAUCCUUUUGGCCGGCCAUGUUUUGCUAGCGUCUGUUUCAAAGUGACAGAAUGGUGCUUAGGUGGUUGGUAGCACUGCUGCUGUGGGCGAGGGUGGAAGCCCUGCGAGAGCAGAAGUUCGCGAUGGAGCCCCAGGACCAGACAGCGGUGGUCGGCAGCAGAGUGACUCUUCCUUGCAGAGUCAUCAACAAGUCGGGGCUGCUACAGUGGACCAAGGACGGGUUCGGGCUGGGCACGCACAGAAACCUCUCCGGCUUCGACAGAUACAUGAUGAUUGGCAGUGACGAAGAAGGUGACUACUCCUUAGACAUCUUCCCUGCCAUGUUGGACGACGACGCCGUCUACCAGUGCCAGGUGGGGACGGGUCCCAACGGCGAGCAGGCGGUCAGGUCGAGGAUAGCCACCCUCUCAGUGCUGACGCCGCCGGAGCCGCCUAGAAUAGUACAGGGUGACUAUCUGCUGACCACAGAGGACAGGGAGAUAGAGCUGGAGUGCAUAUCCGCCGCGGGGAAACCAGCAGCUGAGAUAACGUGGAUCGAUGGCCUGGGCAACGUGUUGACGGACGCUAUAGAGUAUAUCGUCGAGGCUUUGCCGGACGGGAGGAGAUUCACGGCGAAGUCGAUAUUGAAAUUGACUCCGAAGAAGGAACACCACAACACGACGUUCACGUGUCAGGCGCAGAACACGGCUGACAGGACGUACCGCAGCGCUCGGCUCAGGCUGGAAGUCAAAUACGCUCCGAAGGUGACGGUCAGUGUGGUCGGGAGCGGGUCAAGGCUGGUGGAAGGCCAGGACGUGCGGUUAUCCUGCUCUGCAGACGCCAACCCUCCUGACGUCACCUACCGGUGGUUCAUCAACGACCAGCUCGUCAGUGGAGACCCCACGACGGAACUGGUGCUCAGCAACAUCUCCCGGAAGAACCACGACUCCAUCGUCAAGUGCGAGGUUCACAACGCUGUUGGGAAAAGCGAGGAGUCCGAAGCUUUGGAUAUUAGCUACGGUCCAAGAUUCCGAUCAAAACCAAGGAGUAUGCAGGCAGACCUUGGUGCGUCCGUUACUUUAACAUGUGACGUUGAUGGAAAUCCUCCACCUGACAUCGUAUGGAUCCACGAGGACACGGACAGACGAGGCAAUGUACUAACGUUAACGUGGGAACAGGUGGUGAGCACGUCCCCCAACCUCACCGUGACCAUCGCCCACGACACUGCCGGCCGCUACUUCUGCAGAGCCACCGUCCCCGGGUUCCCCGAUAUCGGAGCCGAGGCCACGGUCUACAUGAAGGGUCCUCCGACCAUCAUCUCCCACCGGACACAGUUCGGUAUCCCCGGGGACAACGUCCGGCUGGAGUGUUCCGCCUUCUCCAUCCCCACGCCGCAGAAGGUUGUCUGGAGUUUCAAGGGGGAGGAUGUUGGUUCUGAUCAAGACUACUCUGUUCUGGAGGAUCCAUUAACUGAUGGAAUCAAGAGUACUCUAAUUAUUCGAGAAUCUCGGCUAGAACAUUUUGGGAUCUACAACUGCACUGUCUCAAACCCUUAUGGCAGCGAUGUCGUCGAGAUCACACUUAAGGCGCAAAAAAGCUUUCCUCUUCUCCUGAUUCUUACAGGGGUCUUGGGUGGCGUUGUCGUGAUUAUCGCAAUAACCAUGGUUGUCAUCUUGUGUCAACGCAAAGUCAAAAAGCCCCAAGCUAACCACCUGGAAUUGCAAAUUAAACCUUAUUCAGGUGACAACAUCGACGCGGAGAAGCAGUGCAAGGAGAGCGACCGCUCCUCCAACAUCUCGGACAUGAAGCUGGAGCUAAGGACAGGAUCCUCUGUCAGCAACGUCCACUGUGAGCUGGACUACAGUGCUGGGCACGAGAGUGAGACAGGCAGUGAGAGUGUCGUCACUAGGAUCGGUCUGCCUCUCGCAGGCCCUGUGCCUCUCGACCACCGAUACUCGCAACGCUACUCCUCCACAGAAUUCCCAGACCCUGUCUUCCCACCAAAGACUGAUGGCCAAAACAACAAUGGGUAUGUCCCUUACGUGGACUAUGCAAGAGAUUAUAACCCUCCUCCGCCCCCGACCUCCGCUGCUCCUACAGUCCAGCCCGCCAACGGAGGUGUGGGUGUGAUGGACCCACGGUUCAAUGCAGCCUAUGGCAACCCUUACCUGCGCACCGCAGUGAGUCCACAGUUGCCACAGCUUCCUCUGCCUACAGGGCCCCCACUGGCCCCACCGCCCCCGCCCUACAGUGCGGUACGCAAUGGGGCCGCCCCCCAAGUGUCCAGGCUGCCCACAUCCCCCACGUCGCAGUACAUCACCUCCCAGCAGGCCACCAUCAAGCGAGGGACGCUUGCGACGCAUGUAUAAUACUAGCUCAACCCUUGUGAACAUUUCGGUUAAUGUCACAGAAUAGUUCCAUGCGUUUUCGGAUCCCAGUGGACUCUAUCCUUCCGUGUAUUAUAGUGUAAUAUAUGUAGCUAUAUAAAUAGGACUGAAACGAAUUCUUCUAAAACAAUAUUUUGAUGUGACUGGUACUUUUUUAAUAAGAGUGAUCUUGUUGAUUCUGUAGAUUCGGGGAGGGCCUAUAGUGACUCAGUGAUCGUUUUAUUUUUUUAUCACUCGUAGGUGCCGCUUUCACCAGGAUACGCUGAGAGGUAUUUUGAGUUCUCCAGUUCUCACCUAGACUUUUUAAUAAGACGGUAUUAUUUUCUGUACAGAUACAGAAAAGAAACAAGUUACUCAAGAUAUUAAUUGAUGAAUCGUUUUGUACGAGUGGUUGAGUCUUUCUUUCAAUUCAUACAAUGCUCAUAGAACGUUUAGACUGAAGAGGUAUUAUUGGUUUAGCCUUAAGAUAUCAUGUUCACUGAUCGGUCUGUACUUUUUCUUCAGUACAAACCCUCAAAUUUGGUGAAGCGUGUUUGUUGAAUGCUUCUGCUUUCGUUUUAAGAGUAUGUUUAACUCAAAUUUGAACACAUAUUCAUUGUGUUUAAGGUCUGAAGGAUUUAUUAUAAACCAUGUUAUCACUAUAAAAUAUACAGCUAUAAUAUUGAUACUUCACUUAAAACUAUGCACUUUACUGUUUUCCUUUUUAAGUGCAACACAUUCUAUCAAGAUUUUUCAAUAUGUCUAUGGCCGUACAAUAGUCGAAAUACAGUAUUAAAUGUAACUCCAAAAAGGAAACGUGACUUGAUAUUAGGUAUUUAAGGAUGUGUAUGAAUUUAUGCUGAACAAUGUGAUUUUGUAAAGUAAAUUACUAACAAGUAAACAUUUUGUGUAACUCAUGAGUUAACAGAAGCAAGAUCUCAACAAAAAAAAACCCCAAGCCAAAGAUACCUUGUGGAAAUAUAUUUCGUUGCAAACUAUUUUACCUGCCUGAAACAUUCAUAUCACUUUGAUUUGUUUAUAACUUUAGUUUUAGUAAUGAUAUUUUAAUAGAAUUUACCAUUUAUGUAAAGGCCUGUUUAUAUGGUUAAGCUUUAUGCAGUGGUAACAAAUAGGAAAAAACUUAAAUAUACAUUGCAAUAAGUAAGCCAAACCUAAAAGAUAUAUUGUAAUUUAGUUCCAAUGGAUAUACUUUGUAAAUUAUUUUUAUACUAUAUUAUUAUGUUUGUUAUUGUUUUAAAAGUAACUAUAUUUUCUGUAUAUGUUUCAUUUUAAUUUUUCAGCGGUAGGUUUUGUCGAUUUAUCUUGUUACUUUUAUUGUACUAAGCUGCAUGGUGACUGUGAAUUUUUUUUCAUGGAAAUCACGGAUUGAGUUGGGAGUCUGAUAUUAAGAUUUUGAAUAUGAUAAAAUCGGUGAACUCAUUCAUAGAAUAAUAAUAUUGUAAUUGCAUUUUUUUAUAUGUUACAUCCUGUAAGUUUAUGGUUUAUUAAAAUAACACUUCAUGGAGGGGUCAGAUUUAAACAAAUCGUCGGAGGCCAAUAUUCUUGAAAUAAAGAACUAAUAUCAACUGAGUUAUUUUUACAGCUAUAAUGUUUUAGGACACGAUUUGUGUUGAUUAUUUUUACCGGAUUAAAAGUACUAUCCUUUAAACGAAGUUCGUUCCGUGUUAUUUUCAAUUAAUUGUGUUACUACUUUUUGUCGUGUUUCGAUUUACUGCGCUUUGUGAAAGCACACAACUCCAUGGAGUAUUCAACACGCCACUCUUCAAUGCUUAUAUCGGUUGAAUAAAUUGUCUUUCAAUACUCUGUAUGGAAUUCACAAUCAUUAAUACUUUCAUUAUUAGUGUCUCCCGACCGAAACCGACUGUAGAGUUUUCUAAACCAGUGUUUGCUGUUGAAGUGUCAAUUAAAUGUAAACCCGAACACAUUCCACCUAACAGAGCUAGUGCAUCACCCCCACCCACACUGUCUGUGCUAGCAACUAUGUGUGAGUUUGUGUCAAGUGCCACAGACAACAGUGACGACGGAGUAACAAGUGAAAUACAUUCCUGCCUCUUACCUCCCUAAAUAAGAACUGUGAUUUUUUACUGUUAUUAGUUUUUGUAAAGUUGUAGAGCUGUAUAGUUGUGUAAGUCGAUACUGUACAGUCGUUUGCUACUCUUUGCAUUUAUAUACUGAAUUGAGGUGAUUAUUUUCUUAUUUUCCAUUUAUACCUAUCAUUCAUCUAGAUUAGUGUUAGGAGACCGUAUCGUCUAGAUCUAAAUUUUAAUUAGGGACUUUCCGUGUACUUAUAUUUUAUUAAGACAGGCCUAAAACGACUGAAGUGAUGCUAUUAAUUUUUCACAGAUAUAAGUAUAUGUUACAACCUAAAAUGUCUAAGAGAGUUUGAUUGUAAAAUCUAGGCUAAAUAGUUAAAUUCACAGGCCAAAUAGAAUUGUUCAAGAAAUUCAUAUUUAAUUAACUGCACUGUUCUGAACUAUGGUAUUAACCAGAACUCAUAAAUUAUUUUCAGUUUUAAACUUUAAUUAUUGAAUUUAUUAUCUUUUGCUUCAUACAUAAAUUCUCUUUAAAAGUUUUAAAAUAUUAAAUGAUAUGAAAACAUUAACAAAGCAAUCUUUUUUUAAAAAAGACCAAAACCGAAUAAUGUUAUAUUUUCUAGUCAGUUUUUUUUUAUUGUUUUGAAUCUAUUAAUAUAUAAUAUUUUUUGUAAUAUUAAUAUAUUAUCAAACAAAAUUUGGUUAAAACUACAGUUUAUUUAAAAGAUGUGUUUACAUCAUUAACAUAUUUAAUGCAUGGGAUUCUGUUACGCCAUAAAAUGUUCGUUUAGUAAAAAAAUUUUAAAAGCAUAAAAUUAGCCAUUUGUAAUAUUUUAGCAAUGGUUAUUUUGAGAUAUAACUAUUUAGUUCAUAUAAAUUUGUACAAACUGUUUUAUUAAGAUACGAGACUUAGUUUUAUGGAGCCUAUGAGAAUUGUUGAAAUUCUGUUUGUUUCUUACAAAAGAAAUACUGAAAUCCAAGUCUCUGUCCACCAGGUACUACGAUUGCCAGCCUAUGUAGAUGUAAGACUUACCUAGACAGUUCUUCAUCUCCUCAUGUCAGAUCAAUAAAUCAAUAUAUCCUAAAAUGAGAAUAAAUUGUGUUAUCCUAUUUUUAUAAAAUUAAUGCUCAGUAAUUGUUCAAUAUCUAUUAAUACUUUGUUAGAUUUUUGUAGACUCUUGUAAGUAUUGCUAGGCCUACUAAAGAACUACCUUUUGUGAUUCAUUGUAGGCCUAUCUUAAAGUUGUAUAAUAAAUUGUCAUUGUACGAUA